UAUAUAUAUAUAAAUUUGUUAAAGAAGCUUGCCAAAUUCACAAUAUAAAAACACUAACCAAGUUCUGAUAUUUUGCCUGUAGAGAAUUAAGAAUUGGCUCUUCCGUUCAGCAUGGGAGACAAGGUAGAGAAGAUCAUCCUCAAAAGCCCGGCACUUUUAAAGUACAUCUUCGAAACAAGCUGCUUCCCAAGAGAACACGAGCAAUUGAAGCAACUAAGGGAAGCCACUGUCGAGAAAUACCAAUUUUGGAGUCUCAUGAAUGUGCCUGUAGAUGAAGGCCUGCUUCUCUCGAUGAUUCUAAAGCUCAUGAAUGCAAGCAAAACACUGGAACUUGGUGUAUUCACUGGCUACUCUCUUCUUACAACUGCUCUUGCACUACCUCAUGACGGCAAAAUAACGGCAAUCGAUCCAGAUAAAGAAGCCUAUGAGUUUGGAUUGCCAUACAUUCAGAGGGCUGGGGUGGAUCAUAAGAUUAAUUUCUGUCACUCAGAUGCCCUCACUGUCCUAAAUGAUCUCAUUGCCAAUGGGAAGGAAAAAGGGAGCUUUGAUUUUGCAUUUGUGGACGCGAACAAGGACGCAUACAUCAAAUAUCACGACCUGCUGCUAAAGCUUGUGAAGGUCGGAGGAAUAAUAGCUUAUGACAACACAUUGUGGUUUGGGACAGUGGCAGAAGCUGAGGAGAAUGUGGAGGAAUUUGCAAAGAAAGGCAGAAAGCAUUUGCUGCAACUCAACAGCUUUCUUGCCGCCGACAAUCGCAUCGAGUUAGCUCUUGUUUCCAUCGGAGAUGGACUCACCCUCUGCAGGCGUCUCUAUUAGGAUAAUAGUGUUAGCUACCAUGAAACAAACUCCAAUCAUGUUGUUGUUGUUGUUGUUUAUAUAAUAAAUAAAAUAAAAUGAGACAGUUUGAUUUACCCAUCUAUGGUAAUUAAAAUGGUGAACAUCAUCUUAUCUU